AUGGGCCUGAAGGGUAGCGACAUAUUUGGCUUCGACCACCCGGGCGGUGGCGGCUUCAGCUUUGGGUACCCAACAUUGGCCUUGUCUCUCUGUCUGACACGCUUCUUGUUCUCAAGAGCUCGCUGCACCGACGUGAGCUCUUUCUUCGGCUUGAGCAGGCCCGAGGUGACGUGGGACGAGGCGAUUUGGCACUCGAGCUCAGCAGCGCCCGAUAUCCUGGACGUUACUUCUCUAUGUGGAUGUGAGCGCGGCCUGACGGUGGUGUCAGGUACGGUGGGCCGGAAUCGUAUGGGCGGGGCAGAAUCUGGCGGCCCGUCAGCGGGCCGUAAGCUCGUCGCCCAAGGGGUUAUUCGUAGCUUCAGAGAGCAAGUUAUCGAGAACAGAGAACAGAGGCGGGCGCGAGACCUCAGAUCAGCGGAGAGGGGCGCGCCGCUGGGGACGGAGCUCGUAGCAGAUCGGAAGGGGGAGCGAUGGAUUUCUUGCUGCAGCCGUUCGGCUGUGUUCGAGGUCGCUGGGGAGAACGAUAACCGAAUGGAGUCCUGCGGAGAGCCCGUGCCGGGAGCCAAUCCGCAGCAGCAGCAGGCGCUGGAGGAAGUAGUCGGUGGAGCAGAGUCCGCGCUGGGAUUAUUGAGGGCUCUCGUCCGCCCGAGGGCAGAAGAGGAUGCCCCCGUGGUGAAUGAGAAACAGUCGUCCGCAAGUUCAGAAGAGUCGACGGUGAAGCAAGAUCCAAAAUCUCAUGGCUGGACAAAAAGGCUAAGGGUGGGUAAGGUUCCCCUACAGAGGCCUCCAUGCCCGGGUAGAAUGGGUGCUUUGGAGCAGACGGUUAAGAGGUUUGCUGAAGAUCCGUCCGAGGAUGUGAUUCAGCCCGCACUCGGCAUGAGUUUUGACGACCUGAAUGAGGCAUACGACUUCUACAACUUGUACUCGUGGGAGCAUGGCUUUGGAAUAAGGUACGGCAAGAGCCGGCUGAAUGUUGAGAGAUCAAAAUGCAUGCAAGAGAUUGUGUGUGGAUGUGCGGGUAAAGCAGGAUCAGCGAAUACAAGGUCCAUCCGUUGCGAGUGCCCAGCGAUGAUUCGGUUGCUGCGAACAGAAGAUAACGGGUGGUUCAUCACGGAGCAUAGGGUAACACACAAUCACUCGUUAUCUUUGACUUGUGGUGAGAAAGUUCACUGGCCAUCACAUAAGCACAUUGACAGUUACACGAAGACCCUGGUGAAGCAACUUAGGGAAAAUAAUAUAAACAUCGGGAAAGUGUACAGUAUUAUAGGCAGUUUCUUUGGAACAAUGGACAAAGUACCAUUCACGAAAAGGUCACUGAGGAACCUUUGUGGUAAGAUUAGCCGUAGCCAAGCCGACGAUGAUGUUAGUAAGACGGUGCAAGUCUUUGCAGACCUAGGUGCUAAAGAUCCAGAGUUCACUUUCAGAGUUCACUCGGAUAAAGAAGGGUGCAUUAGGAUAUUGAUGUGGGCAACAGGGAGCAGUAGGAUGAAAUACAAAUAUUUUGGUGAUGCAAUAACAUUCGACACCACAUAUCGGACAAAUCUGUAUGAUAUGCCGUUUGGUCUGUUUGUUGGUGUGAACAACCACUUUCAGAGUAUCAUUUUGGGCGGAGUGCUGCUUAGGGAUGAAACUGUGGAGAGUUUCGAGUGGGUAUUCACAGAGUUUGUUCGGAUGAUGGGCGGCGUACCUCCAAGAACUAUACUGACAGACCAGAGCCGGGCUAUGGAGGUGGCCAUAAGAAAUGUGCUGCCAGAUACCGUGCAUAGGUGGUGCAAAUGGCAUGUGCCGAAGAAAGCAAAGGAAUGCCUCGGUCCACUGUAUAGUAGGCGGAAUGAGUUCAGAGCCGAAUUUCAUAAAGUAGUGAACCACAUGAUUACGGAGGACGAGUUUGAGGCUGGGUGGCAUAGUCUGCUUGAGAGAUACAACCUGAGAAAUCAUGCCUACAUGACACAGCUAUAUGAGAUUAGGCAUAAAUGGGCCAAGCCUUACUUCAAAGGCGUCUUCUGUGCGAAGAUGUCUAGCACACAAAGAAGUGAGAGCGCAAACCACAUGCUAAAGCAGUACGUCCCCCCCGGGUGUCCAAUGCACAUGUUCGUGAGGCACUACAUGCGGCUGCUUUUCGAUCGUGAUGAGGCGGAAAGCUACCAAGAAAAAAGAACCAGGAUUGGGCAUCCUGUUCUGCGGUUCAACAAGGCUUUCGAGAGGCAUGCCGCGAAGGUUUACACAACAUCAAUGUUUGAGCAAUUUGGCAACAUACUAUAUGAAGCUGGGUACUUCGAUGUACAUGAGGUGAAGCAGGACGAGGUGUACACCUUGGUACACAAUCAGUCGGAGAAAAGGGAGAAGUGGAGCAGAGUUAGGUUCGAAGUGAAGAUACUAGAUGGAGGAACGGAAUAUGAAUGUGAGUGUGGGCAUUACUCUCACAUGGGGAUGCUGUGCUGCCAUGUGCUUCGGUUGAUGGACCACUUGGCCGUGAAAGAGAUACCAGAUAAACAUGUGAUGAAGCGGUGGACAAAGGAUGCAAGGGACAUACUGCCUGAUUACCUGGCACACUACCAGCGAGACCAGAUGUCGAAAAAGACAUUCACUUACAGGCAUCAGACCAUCUACCUGAAAGCCAUGCAGCUCGUCAGGCUCGGAGAUGCAAGUGCAGAUUCCUACGAGCGUUGUGUGGCGAUUCUUGAUGAGGGAAUUGCAACGCUGGAGCCUAUGAGUGAAGUCCGUGAUGGGCUAGGGCUGGAAGAUCAGGAAGCUCAGCAGGCGCAUAGUCCACCAGACAUGAAUGGUGCCAUGUCUGGCGACAACAGCUUGAAUGGAGCUGACUUCGAGCUGUCGACCAAAGUGGGGAGCACUCAGUCCGUCCAUUGCGCUUCACCUGGAGCGGCUUCGUUAGCAAAACUUGAGGGCGAUGCAGCACCUAGCCUGUCGGCAGAAGCAUCUGCGCCACGGUGUGAGCAAACGACAGAGCUGACGGAACUUCUGGUCGGCCCGGUUGUGAAGGUUGAAGACACGGAGGAAGGAUUUGGUGAGCACGAUCCAGACAAUAUGGAGCAUCCUUCAGAUGUGGCGGCGGAUCAAGACGACGGGGAUGAGUCGGGCGUGUGGGAUACAGCGGGGAGAAUGGAGGAAGGAGACGAAGCUGAGUCGGCCCCGGCUGCGAAGCGUGUAAAGCUUCAAUAG